AUGUCCUGGUCGAGUGGCCUUAACAAUGCGGGCGUGUGCUCCCUGCUCCCCCAACUGCGCCCCUGGCAGCGGAUCGAGUGGCGCCCCUGCAUCCAGUCGCAGAUCUACAGGGACUGGGGCGUCUACUACACUCGCCGUCUGCUGAAUCACACGGCCCUGGAGAGUUUCGGCCGGGCGGUGGCCGUUUGCAAGGAGGAGGAGGCGCCUCGCUUCAGUCCAUCCGCCCAUGGGGGCGUGGCCGAGCCGGGCGUUUGCCUCGAGGACUACAAGUCGCUAUUUCUGCGCGGUCGCUGCCACCGAUCGCUGGCCCGUCCGGACUUGGCCCUGCUGGAUGUCCAGCGGGCCCAGAAGGCGCUCAGGUCAGUGAUGAAGUCAUCCAGCGUUUCGGAGGCCGCCCAUAUCAUAGCCGAGAAGUGCGACAAUCUCUUCGAGGCCAACGAAUUCGAGAGCACCCUGACCACGCUGCACUCAGAGGGACGCCCCUUUGGCGGGCAAUUGGCCCACGGGCGGUUCCGGUUGAUCAAGGAGAAGACUCUCGACGUUUUCGAGGACACCUUGGGCGAAUCGCUGCGUCCUUUCAUGCACGAGCACGGCGGCGUCCUUGAGGAGGUCAGCCGCCGGCAGAAGGAGCUGGCCGCCCACGACCCCCGGCCCCUUUGGAAGACGCUGCGAGAGCGGCGGCAAUGCGACGUCCAGAGCGUCCUCAUCAAGCAGCCGGCUCAGCUGACCCCCCUUGAAAAAGCCCGUCGGCGGUCGAGCGAACGUCUGUACAACUACAACUACAUGGGCCGCAGCGCCGUGGACAUUGCGCUUUUGCGGCAACUGCGCAGCGAUAAGAACCUGCUCGAUCCCCUGCGAAUCCAGACCACGCCGUCCAUGCGACAGCUGAGCGAGGAGCAGUACGCGAUUGUCCGGCGGUUUAUGAAAAUGCUGCAUGCCCGGAAUCCGCUGUACAACCGGCGGUACGUGAGGCAGCGGAAGGGGGGCGUCUGCGAGCAGGAGCGGCGUCGCCGCAGGGAGAUGCACCUGUUCCACACGCAAUACCAGACACGUCGCGACUGUCUGAGGAUGUUGCACGAGGUGCACAGGCUGCGCAGGGAGGGCGAUGUGGAGAGGCUCUCCGACUAUGUGGAGCACAUAAUGUCCGGCUUUGUGGGGCUGAAGACCCAGCGCACGCUGCCCUGGAAGUGGGAGCUGCUCAACGACAUCUACAAUGCCCUGGCAAUGGCCCACUGUGACCGCUGCGCCGUGCCCGCCAACGUCGACUUCCUGGAGGCCCAGAAUCGGCACGUUCUGUACCUGUUGCGGCCGGAGAAGGUGCGCGACAUGAGCGUGAGCUUCGGGGGGCCAAACAUCUACCUGGAGAUCGAGCGGGAGGAGGAGCGGCACAGUCGAAUCACCCAGAAGCUGGAGCAUCUGGAGAAUCGGCUGCGCCACUCCCGCUACCCCAUCGAGCGAUCCUACUUGUUUUUCGAAAUGGCGCGCUGCCACUUCAAAGAGUCGCGAUUCGACAAGUGCCUGGUGAUAGCCCGCAAGGCCUACAAUGAGGCCCGGGUCUGCAACUGCCUGAUCUGGCGGUUCAACAGCAUCUUCCUCGGCUGUCAGGUCCAUGCCGUUCUGAAUCGCUUCGAGAGGCUGAAGGAGUCGCUGGCCAAGGCCAAUCAGUUGGCCAGCGAUCUGAAGGCCCCCAAACUGGUGGCCUACAUAGCCAUCUGCAUUAGCGUGAACAACUACGACUUGGCCCUGCGGCAGAUGCGGCAGCAGCAGGAUGUUUUAGUGCCCAAGUUCCGGAAACGAAGUCCCAUUAGCACCGUUACUUCGAUAAGCUCGCAUACGACUAAUAGCAGUUCGGAAUAGGAAUAUUAUAUGCUACUGAGCCAGGGGCUCUUGGCUUUGAAUUCCCCUGGAAUUUUUCCCUGGAAUAUAAAGCUAAGAGCUUCUGUUUUUAGGCUCCUCAUAGACUAUCAAAUUUAAUGCACUUUUACCUUUGUGAUUUCUAAAUAAAUAUUUCUAGUUUGUAAAGAUA